AUGAACACGAAUGUAGAUGUUGUAAUUGCUGGUGGUGGUAUUGGUGGGCUUGUAACGGCACUUUGUUUACACAAAGCAGGUUUUAGCGUUCAGAUUUAUGAAGCAUCACAAAUUCUCAAACCGCUGGGAGUUGGUAUUGGUAUGCGGUCACACGGUACUAAAUUUCUUUAUGAACUUGGUUUAGCUGAAGAUUUAGAUAAACUGGGUAUACGAGCAAGAGCUACGCAAUACUAUUCAAAAAAUGGACAGUUCAUUCAUGAAGAGCUCCGGGGGCUGGAAGCUGGAUAUAAUUGGCCUGAAUAUUUAGUUCAUCGUGGUGACCUGCAACUGUUACUCUGCAAACAUGUACUAGAAAAAGUCGGAAAAUCAAGUGUUGUACUAGGACACAAACUUAUUGGUUUUGAAUCUUUUGCAGAACAUGUUGAAGUGAAGUUUCUAGAUCGGAGCAGUAAUGAAAUAGUAAAAAAGAGUGCAAAAUUACUGAUUGGGGCUGAUGGUAUAAGUUCAACCGUACGAACUAUUUUAUACCCAGAUGAAGGUCCACCUGUUUGGAGUGGUGUUGCAAUGUGGUGUGGAGUUCAACGCGUAGAUAAAUUGUUUUUAGAUGGACGAACAACGUUACUGAUGGGUAAUCUAAACCGACGAUUGGUUGUUUAUCCAAUUAAUGAAAAUUCAAUUUGUUGGUUUUGCCAUGUUCGUAUAGAUGGACCAGGCGUAAAAUUACAUAAAACUGCAGAUUGGAAUACUAUUGGACGAGUUGAGGAUAUAUUACCACUAUUUGAAGAAAUGAAAACUGAUUUUUUAGACAUAUCGAAUAUGAUUAGAACAACGGAGAAAGUAUGGGAAUUUCCAGUGACAGACCGAAAUCCACUUCCUAAGUGGACACACAAUCGUGUUACUUUACUUGGAGACGCUGCACAUGCCAUGUAUCCUAUUGGAGGAAACGGUGCUGCACAAGCUAUAUUCCCGAUAAUCCGUGAAGUACGCCCGGCUUUCCCGAUGGAAGAUACUGUCACUAUUGGUUAUAACGUCGCAGAUGCACAAGCUUUAGUUCAAUGUUUUCAACGGUACGGCCCAACAGUAGAAGCGCUCGAAGAGUACGAUAAUAUUCGCCGUGGUAUAGCUACUUCCAUAGUUAAUUCAAAUCGUCAAGGAGGACCCCAGCAAGUUUUGAAAAUUGUCGAUGAACAUUCACCAAAUGGUUUUAAAGACAUACGUGAUAUAAUUUCAAAAGAAGAAGUGGACGCAAUAAUUAGGAAGUAUAACCGUUUAGCGGGCUUUGAUCUAAAUACACUGAACAACGAGCCCAAUGUAUUUCCUAACGAUGAAAACAAGAAAGAAUAUACUCGCGAUGACAAGCAAAAAGAAUCAUAA